AUGAUGUGUGAAGUGAUGCCCACGAUUAAUGAGGACACCCCGAUGAGCCAAAGGGGGUCCCAAAGCAGUGGCUCGGACUCAGACUCCCAUUUUGAGCAGCUGAUGGUGAAUAUGCUUGAUGAAAGGGACCGUCUUCUAGACACCCUACGUGAGACCCAAGAAAGUCUUUCCCUUGCCCAGCAAAGACUGCAGGAUGUCAUCUACGACAGAGAUUCGCUCCAGAGACAGCUCAACUCAGCCCUGCCGCAGGAUCUCGAAUCCCUAACAGGAGGUCUGACUGGUUCUAAGGGGGCUGAUCCACCGGAAUUUGCUGCACUGACAAAAGAAUUAAAUGCAUGUAGGGAACAACUUCUAGAAAAGGAAGAAGAAAUUUCUGAACUUAAAGCUGAAAGAAAUAACACAAGACUGUUACUGGAGCAUUUGGAGUGCCUUGUGUCACGACACGAAAGGUCGCUGAGAAUGACGGUGGUAAAACGGCAAGCCCAGUCCCCCUCGGGAGUUUCCAGUGAAGUUGAGGUUCUCAAGGCACUGAAAUCUUUGUUUGAGCACCACAAGGCCUUGGAUGAAAAGGUAAGGGAGCGACUGAGGGUUUCUUUAGAAAGAGUCUCUGCACUGGAAGAAGAACUAGCUGCUGCUAAUCAGGAGAUUGUUGCCUUACGUGAACAAAAUGUUCAUAUACAAAGGAAAAUGGCAUCAAGUGAGGGAUCCACAGAGUCAGAACAUCUUGAAGGGAUGGAACCUGGCCAGAAAGUUCAUGAAAAGCGUUUGUCCAAUGGUUCUAUAGACUCAACUGAUGACACUAGUCAAAUAGUGGAACUACAGGAAUUGCUUGAAAAACAAAACUAUGAAAUGGCCCAAAUGAAAGAACGUUUAGCAGCACUUUCUUCCCGAGUGGGAGAGGUAGAACAAGAAGCAGAGACAGCAAGAAAGGAUCUCAUUAAAACAGAAGAAAUGAAUACUAAAUAUCAAAGGGACAUCAGGGAGGCCAUGGCACAGAAGGAAGAUAUGGAAGAAAGGAUCACAACCUUGGAGAAGCGUUACCUCAGUGCUCAGAGAGAAUCUACCUCCAUACACGAUAUGAAUGAUAAACUAGAAAACGAGUUAGCAAAUAAAGAGGCCAUCCUCCGUCAGAUGGAAGAGAAGAACAGGCAGUUACAAGAACGGCUUGAGCUUGCAGAGCAGAAGCUGCAGCAGACCAUGAGAAAAGCUGAGACCUUGCCUGAAGUCGAGGCUGAGCUGGCUCAGAGAAUUGCGGCCCUGACAAAGGCUGAAGAGAGACAUGGAAAUAUUGAAGAACGUAUGAGACAUCUGGAAUGUCAACUUGAAGAGAAAAAUCAAGAACUUCAAAGAGCUAGGCAAAGAGAGAAAAUGAAUGAGGAGCACAACAAAAGGUUAUCCGACACUGUGGACAGACUUCUGACUGAGUCCAAUGAACGCUUACAGCUACACUUAAAGGAGAGAAUGGCUGCUCUAGAGGAGAAGAAUGUUUUAAUUCAAGAAUCAGAAACUUUCAGGAAGAAUCUAGAAGAAUCUCUACAUGAUAAGGAAAGAUUAGCAGAAGAAAUUGAAAAGCUGAGAUCUGAACUUGACCAAUUGAAAAUGAGAACUGGCUCUUUAAUUGAACCCACAAUAUCAAGGACUCACCUGGACCCCUCCGCUGAGUUGCGCUAUUCCGUUGGAUCCCUCGUGGACAGCCAGUCUGACUACAGAACCACCAAAGUAAUAAGAAGACCACGGAGAGGCCGCAUGGGUGUGAGAAGAGAUGAGCCAAAGGUAAAAUCUCUUGGAGAUCAUGAGUGGAAUAGAACUCAACAAAUCGGAGUGCUAAGCAGCCACCCUUUUGAAAGUGACACAGAAAUAUCUGAUAUUGAUGAUGAUGACAGAGAAACGAUUUUUAGCUCAAUGGAUCUUCUCUCUCCAAGUGGUCAUUCUGAUGCCCAGACUCUAGCUAUGAUGCUUCAGGAACAAUUGGAUGCUAUCAACAAAGAAAUCAGGCUCAUUCAGGAAGAAAAAGAAUCUACAGAGUUACGUGCUGAAGAAAUUGAGAACAGAGUAGCUAGUGUGAGCCUGGAAGGCCUGAAUUUAGCACGAGUCCACCCAGGGACCUCCAUCACUGCCUCCGUCACCGCGUCCUCACUGGCCAGCUCGUCGCCCCCCAGUGGACAUUCAACGCCAAAGCUCACCCCGCGAAGCCCUGCCAGGGAAAUGGAUCGGAUGGGAGUCAUGACACUGCCAAGCGAUCUAAGGAAACACCGGAGAAAGAUUGCAGUGGUGGAAGAAGACGGUCGGGAGGACAAAGCAACAAUUAAAUGUGAAACUUCCCCUCCCCCGACCCCUAGGACCAUCAGGAUGACUCACACCCUCCCUUCUUCCUACCACAAUGAGGCCAGAAGUAGUUUAGCUGCCUCCCUGGAGCCAGACAGCCUCGGGCUUGGCAGUGCCAAUAGCAGCCAAGACUCUCUUCACAAGGCCCCCAAGAAGAAGGGCAUCAAAUCUUCGAUAGGACGCUUGUUUGGUAAAAAGGAAAAAGCUCGGCUUGGGCAGCUCCGAGGCUUCAUGGAGACGGAAGCUGCAGCCCAGGAGUCCCUGGGGUUAGGCAAACUCGGAACUCAAGCUGAGAAGGAUAGAAGACUGAAGAAAAAGCAUGAACUUCUAGAGGAAGCUCGAAGGAAGGGCUUACCUUUUGCCCAGUGGGAUGGGCCCACAGUGGUUGCAUGGCUAGAGCUCUGGUUGGGAAUGCCUGCCUGGUAUGUGGCAGCCUGCCGAGCCAAUGUGAAGAGUGGUGCCAUCAUGUCUGCUUUGUCAGACACUGAGAUCCAGAGGGAAAUUGGCAUCAGCAAUCCCCUGCAUCGCUUGAAGCUCCGACUAGCAAUCCAGGAGAUGGUUUCCCUAACAAGUCCUUCCGCUCCUCCAACAUCCCGAACUCCUUCAGGCAACGUUUGGGUGACCCAUGAAGAAAUGGAAACUCUUGCAGCUCCAGCGAAAACGAAAGAAUCUGAGGAAGGAAGCUGGGCCCAGUGUCCGGUUUUCCUACAGACCCUGGCAUAUGGAGAUAUGAACCACGAGUGGAUUGGAAAUGAAUGGCUUCCCAGCCUGGGGUUACCUCAGUACAGAAGUUACUUUAUGGAGUGCUUGGUAGAUGCAAGAAUGUUAGAUCAUCUAACAAAAAAGGAUCUCCGUGUCCAUUUAAAAAUGGUGGAUAGUUUCCAUCGAACAAGUUUACAGUAUGGGAUUAUGUGCUUGAAAAGGUUGAAUUAUGACAGAAAAGAACUGGAAAGAAGACGAGAAGCAAGCCAACAUGAAAUAAAAGAUGUGUUGGUAUGGAGCAAUGACCGAGUUAUUCGCUGGAUCCAAGCAAUUGGCCUUCGAGAAUAUGCAAAUAAUAUCCUUGAGAGUGGCGUGCAUGGAUCACUGAUCGCCCUGGAUGAGAAUUUUGACUACAGCAGCAUGGCUUUGUUACUGCAGAUUCCAACACAGAACACCCAGGCGAGGCAGAUUCUGGAAAGGGAAUACAAUAACCUCCUGGCUCUGGGCACCGAGCGCCGGCUGGACGAGACAGAUGACAAGAAUUUCAGGCGUGGAUCAACCUGGAGAAGGCAGUUUCCUCCCCGUGAAGUACAUGGGAUCAGCAUGAUGCCUGGGUCCUCAGAAACAUUACCAGCCGGAUUCAGGUUAACCACAACGUCUGGGCAGUCAAGGAAAAUGGCGACGGAUGUUGCCUCUUCAAGACUGCAGAGGUUAGACAACUCCACUGUUCGCACAUACUCAUGUUGA